AUGUGGCUUAGGGGGAGUCUCAACAACAAGAAAAGCUGGUCUAGGCAGUGGAACUCAAAGUUCACUAUUGCUUUGCUCUCGUUUGGCUUUCACCAAUCAAAAUCUGAUUACUCUCUAUUCACUAAGAAUGAUCAACAUGGUUUUACAGCUCUUUUAGUUUAUGUUGACGACAUAAUUGUGGGAAGCAACAAUUUAGUCACCAUAAAAAAUGUCAAGGAAUUUCUGCACAGUCAGUUCAAGAUUAAGGAUCUUGGGGUCUUGAAGUUUUUCUUGGGGAUAGAAGUUGCAAGAACAGCAGCUGGGAUCCACAUGUGUCAGGGAAAGUAUACAUUGGAAAUCUUAGAAGAUGUUGGAUUACUUGGUUGUAAACCAGCUUGUACUCCAAUUGAAUCAAAUCAUAAACUUGCACACUCUUCUACUGAUAUGUUGACAGAUGUUACAAGCUAUCGAAGGCUGAUUGGUAGGCUUAUCUACUUAACAAGUAGUAGACCAGAUAUCACUUAUGCCGUGAGUGUUCUCAGCCAAUUCGUGGACAAACUAGCUCAGAUUCAUUUGCACCAUGCUCACCGAGUUCUGAGGUAUCUAAAAGGUUCAAUUGGUCAAGGUCUCUUCUUUUCAGCUAGUUCUUCUUUACACCUUAAAGUAUAUAGUGAUUCAGAUUGGGCAGCAUGUCCUGAAACUCGAAGGUCAGUCACUGGUUUUUGUGUCUUUCUUGGGGACUCUUUAGUGAGUUGGAAAUCCAAGAAACAGGCAACGAUAUCUCGAUCUUCUGCUGAGGCAGAGUAUCAAGCACUUGCUUACACUUGUUGUGAAGUUGUUUGGUUAAUUACACUUUUCAAAGACUUCAAUAUACAGCACAAACAGCCAGCACUGCUAUAUUGUGACAAUCAAGCUACUAUUCAUCUUACCAAGAACACCAUUUUUCAUGAAAGAACAAAGCACAUAGAGAUAGAUUUCCAUUUUAUUCGAGAAUGGGUAGCUGCUGGUGCGAUUGCUCUAGUUCAUGUUAGCUCUAAGUUUCAGUUGACGGAUAUCUUCACGAAGGCUUUGUCCACAGCACAAUUUCAAAUUUUAUUGUCCAAGAUGGGCAUUCUGAACAUAUAUGCCCAUCUUGAGGGGGAGUCUCAACAAAGAAGGAAUCAAGCCUCCACCAAUGAGAAGCUGCUCUACAUGCACUCUGAUAAAACAGAGGAAUAUCCCUCUAGCUCAGUAUAG